AUGGGAGGCUUGCUGCACGGCAUUUUCAUCGUUAUCAUCAUAAACCUGGUCAAUUCAGAGGACUCUCGAAGACUUCUAAUUUCUUCUGUCAAGAAAUAUGGUGCUGAUCACUUUCAGUUUAUAGAGGGUGGGUCCAUAGAUCUUUCUCUAAAUGGCUUCAAUUCACGUACCGAUUGUCAAAAACUGAAGGCUUAUCUCUCUGCGAAUUUGAGAUAUGUUAUCUCAACGGCAAGUAUUCUUGGGCGUUCAAACCCAUUCUGGCAUCAAAUUUAUCUUCAAAUGUGGCAACUCAAAGGGAUAUCCGAUGCAUACAAACAGACCUUCGUCGAAAACUCCACUAUUCUGACGCCACAGUAUGUAUACAGCUUGACCGAAGAAGUCCUUGGUGUCUAUCUGCUUCAGCUGUCUGGAGAUCUACCCGAGAUUCUGCAGGCGUUGUCUCUGAACACUUUAGUAAAUGGCGUGAACAGAUUCGGUGUUCGUUGGGUCUCUUCGCCCACUUGUUCUGCUUUGAUAAAAUUGACCCAUGACAACGUGUAUCUCUCGCACGUAACUUGGGCUCCCUACACAACAAUGCUCCGUGUUUUGAAACACUACAACUUCCCCUGGAAUAUGCGCGGACAAGAUACACAACAAGUUCCUGGCUACGCAAUCACAUUCUCCUCUUAUCCAAGUGCGAUAUCUUCGAUUGACGACUUUUACGUCAUUAGCUCAAGGCUGGUCACUAUAGAGACGACUAUUGGGAACAGCAACGACAAGCUCUGGGCCAUCGUGCGUGAAGGCGCUGGUAGUUCCGUGCUUGAACCGUUUCGUGUGAUGGCUGCAAACAGGCUGGCAGAUAACGGCCCCGAAUGGGUUUCCUACUUCCGUCAGAGAAACAGUGGGACAUACAAUAAUCAGUGGAUGGUAUUCGAUGCCAAACUCUACCAUCCGGGGGACAAAACACUUAAUAAAGGGCUACUCACAGUUGCAGAGCAACUACCCGGUAUUGUGAAAUCUGAGGAUGUCACCCACGUCCUGGAGCACCAAACCUACUGGCCCAGCUACAACUUAGCGUACUUCCCACUGAUUUACAACCUCAGUGGAAUGCCUGAAAAACUGGCCAAAUACGGUGACUGGUAUGAUUACCAGAAGACAGCACGUGCCAACAUCUUCAGAAGAGAUCACGUCAAGGUUGAAAAUAUGGCCACAAUGCACAGACUAAUGAGGUACAAUAACUUUACUCACGAUGAAUACUCAAGAUGCGAGUGCAAUCCUCCCUACACCGCUGAAAACACCAUAUCCUCUCGCUCUGACUUGAACGCCCCUGAAGGAACUUACCCCAUAUCCGCAUUUGGAUAUCGAAUACACGGUGGAACCGAUGUGAAGAUAGUUGACUUCACACUUAUUCAUCAGAUGAACAUGGUGGCUACCUCGGGACCAACCUACGAUGAUGUGCCUCCAUUCGAGUGGUCCAAACUCCCAGUGUCAGUUCCGAGACCCUUCAUGCACCCUGACAAGUGGAUGUUCAAGCCUAUAAUGACAAACUUCCCAGAUUACACGGUUACUCCUCAGACAAAACUUCCGACACUUCUUAAAGUGCUCCCCAAGUCCGCUUGACCGAGAUGAUCCAUUUUGAUUGAGUCCGCAACAACAUUAUUUGAUUAUGUGUACAACCUAGUUCAUCGACAAUCCAUCGUUUCCUUAUUUUAACACACUCACAUUGUAGCCUCAUGCACUAUAUCAAUCUUGCUAGACUGAUGUGAUCUACGUUAAUGAAAUUCUCCCCUGGAGGAGGAUGACCCUCCCUUGGUGACUGUAAGUUUGUACUGCCGGCUGUCAGACUUUCCCUUUUUACUGAAUCAUGCG